AUGCGUGCCGUCGUCGCACCCACGCAAACCCCGGGCUGCGCCGGGCGCCUGCACAGGCGCGCUGAUGCGGUUGGGGCUGUGCCAUCACGCCGCCGCACGGCGGUGGUGCUGCGGGCUGUGGAGGCGCCAGGCGUGGAGGUGCCGCCCCUGAGCGAGGAGGUGGCUGCCAGGAUUGAGGAGCUGGGCCUGGACUUUGAGCGCAGCGGCCUCAAGUACCUUCCCAACGAAGCAAGGAUGCGCGCCAUGGACCGCAAGUCGGUCAAGUUUGAGAAGACCAAGAACGAGAAGUGCGGCAGCCACAUGUGGGAGGACGUGAGCGAGCUGGCCCAGCUGAUCCGGGAGGGCAAGACCAGCUGGCAGGACCUGAACCUGGACGACGUGGAUGUGCGGCUCAAGUGGGCGGGCCUCUUCCACCGCCGCAAGCGCACGCCCGGCCGCUUCAUGAUGCGCCUCAAGGCGAGAGGGGGCCCACCUUCGGUGCCCAACGGCGAGCUGACCGCCGCCCAGCUGCGCUACCUGGCCUCCUGCAUCGAGCGGUACGGCGCCGACGGCUGCGCAGACAUCACCACCCGCGCCAACAUCCAGCUGCGGGGCGUGACGCUGGAGGAUGCCGACGGAAUCAUCGCCGGCCUGCAGGAGCACGGCCUCACCUCCUUCAUGAGCGGCAUGGAUAAUGUGCGCAACAUCACGGGCAGCCCCAUCGCCGGCAUCGACCCUCACGAGCUGGUGGACCCGCGCCCGCUGACGCACGAGCUCAACGCCGCCAUCACGAACAAUGGCAAAGGCAACGCCGCGCUCACCAACCUGCCGCGCAAGAUCAACAUCGGCAUCUCCUCCUCGCGCGACGACUACGCCCACUGCCACAUCAACGACGUGGGACUCAAGGCGGUGAAAGACCCGGCCACCGGCGAGGUGGGCUUCAACGUGGAGCUGGGCGGCUACUUCUCCAUCAAGCGUAACGUGGUCAGCAUCAGCGGCGACACCUUCCUGUCGUACGACCAGGUGGUCCCUUACUGCAUGGCCCUGCUGGAGGUGUUCAGGGACCACGGCGCGCGGGACGACCGCCAGAAGGCGCGGCUGAUGUGGCUGGUGGAGGCGAUGGGCGUGGAUGCGUUCCGGGGCGCCAUCGAGCAGCGCAUGGGCCAGAGCCUGCGCCGCGAGGUGCAUGUGGCGUAUGACGACGUGUGGGAGCGGCGGGACGUGCUGGGCAUCCACGCCCAGAAGCAGGAGGGCCUGUUCUGGGCAGGCGCCUGCGUGCCGGCGGGGCGCCUGCACGCCGCGGACUUUGCGGCGCUGGCGGACGCAGCAGAGAAGUACGGCGACGGCAGCGUGCGGCUGACUGUUGAAGAGAAUGUGGUGCUGCCCAACGUGCCAGAGGCGAAGCUGGCGGCGCUGCAGGCGGACCCCCUGUUCCAGCGCUUCCCCAUCCACGGAGGCAACCUGCUGCGGGGCCUGGUGUCGUGCACGGGCGCCCAGUUCUGCCCGCUGGCGCUGAUUGAGACCAAGGGGCGGGCGCUGGAGGUGGUGCGGGAGCUGGAGGCGCAGCUGGAUGUGCCCGCCAUGGUCCGCAUGCACUGGACCGGCUGCCCCAACUCGUGCGGCCAGGCUCAGGUGGGCGACAUUGGGAUCAUGGGGGCCCCCGCCAAGCUGGACGGCAAGGCUGUCGAGGGGGUGAAGAUCUUCCUGGGUGGAAAGAUCGGGGAGAACCCAGAGGCAAGCAUGCGCUGCGCUGCGCUGCCUGCAGCUGCACUGGGCGCCCGCCGUGCAGGGCUGCCCUGA